CGUGGACACAGGGACGUUAAGUCAUUGUUUGUGACGCCUGUGCAGUGAAACCGGCUUGCAUGAGUCAGAGAGACAUGCAGGAUAAGCUGUUGUGCGACUGUUCACCAGGCCCGGGACCACACCCCGUCCCCAGGUGGAGACUACCUGGACGGAGACAGUCAUAAAGAGUUCGCAUGUGGUUCAUGUUCUCCUCCUGCGGCAACUAGGUAUUUGCGAAGGUGUUUAAUAUGGAGCCGUGUAUGAGGAAGCCAGAGGUCAGAAAAACUGCCAAACCACCGCCACCAAAACCAACCCUAAAGCCCAAGGAUGCUCCCGCCGCCCCCCCAACCGAACCGGGCCGGACCCAGCAGCUCAUCCGGAGGAUAGAGAUGGCCAAGGAACAGGGUAAUGGAAACCCGGUGCAGGCAGAGACCGGAGGGAGACCUGUGGCUCCACCCCGGCGGGCUGAGAGGGAAGCUAAGAUAACAGACCAAGCCCCCACAGAAGACUCAAAACAGAGAUCCCAACUUGGAGCAUUUCAAAAGAGCCAGAAGGAGAAGACUCCUGCCUUUACAAGCACCGUGGGUAAGAACGCUGAGACCCAAGAUAAAGCCCAAGAUGGCCCCUCCAUGAAGAGUGGCAAGCAGUAUUCCAGCGACGAAGAAACAUCAGAAGAGGAGCAGUCUUCUGAGAGCCACCAGCCUGAGAAGCACACAGAUCCCAAGCCUGAAAAAGGAAAUAUCCUGUCUGGCAUAUUCCGGAAAAAAACUAAAGACAUCUCACCAUCUCCCUCAUUAACGGUCAGUGCAGCAGAUGAAGAGCCUGUUGACGAGGACAUCGUCUCCCCUGAAAAUCUUGGUGUUGCCAAGGAGGUUUCGGAGAGCAAUGACAGUCUGUCUGAAAACAACCCAAAGGUAAAGGAAAAGAAGGGCAUUUUCGGCGGAAUCCUCUGGAAGUCCCCGAAGCCAUCAGAGGCACAGGACACGCAGUCUCUCUCCAGCGAGUUUUCAGCCAGCAAUGACAGUCUGUCUGAGACCGCCAAGACCACGAAGGACAAAGGACACAUCUUCAGUGGGAUGUUCAAAAAGGACCCUAAGCUGCUGUCUGACAGCGGCCAGCCACCACACGGGGAGGAACACUCGCUCCAGGGUAAGCUCUCGGGCAGCAGUGACAGUCUGUCAGAAAACAAGGAGAAAGGCCACCUGUUCAGUGGACUCCUCAAAAAGAUUCCCAAAGCACCGAGGGAUAGCCAGGAAAAUCUGUCCGGGCAGGGAGAGCUGUCCGCCAGCAAUGACAGUCUCUCUGAACAGAAAAAACCCAAGGAGAAAGGAGGUGCUUUCAGUGGAAUGUUCAAGAGAUCGAUUAAACAUGACGAACAGUCCCUGAAUGAGUUGGCGUCAAGCAAUGAAGGUCUAUCGGAAAAUAGCAUGGGGAGUCUCGCUGGGCAGAAGGAGCUUUCAGAGAGCAACGACAGCCUGUCUGACCCCAAAAAGACAAAGGAGAAAGGUAAACCGUUCAGUGGAAUGUUCCGGAAACCUAACCAAAGCAAACCAGUAGACGCUACUCAACCGGAGGAGGAUAAAGAGUCACCAAACAGUGAUCUCCUGGCUAGCAACGAGAGCUUAUCAGAGACCAAGGAAAAGGGAGCUUUGUUUGGUGUAAUUCUGAAGAAGACUCCCAAGGCCACCGUAGACGCCACCGAGGACAAAGAGGUCGACAAGAAACUCCCGGUCAGCCAUGACAAUCUCUCUGAGGGUAACACUGUAAAGGAGAAACACAUCUUUGGCGGUAUCUUUAAGAAGCCCCAGAAGACAACGCAAGAGGAGAGCUCCGAUGACGAGGAGUCGAACCCGCCUGAAGAUGACUUCUCGGCCAUCUUCAAAGAUCUCUCUGAGACAACAACUCAGAAGGAGAAGGGAGGACUGUUUGGUGGGUUUCUCAAGAAGACCCCGAAAGCCACCGGUGACGACACAGAGGAGAAAGACAGCGAUAAGGAAAUCACCGCCAGCAAUGACAGUCUGUCUGAGGGUCACCACGCAAAGGAGAAAAGCAUCUUUGGCGGUAUCUUUAAGAAGCCCCAAAAGCCAACACAAGAGGACAGCUCCGAUAGAGAGGGGUCGAACCAGCCUGAAGAAGACAUCUCGGCUAGCUGUGAGAAUCUCUCUGAGACCACAACUCAGAAGGAGAAGAAACCAGGAUUUUCCGGAUUAUUCAAAAGGACGGCCAGCAUGGACAACCUCGACCAGGAGGAGAAAGGAGGACUGUUUGGUGGACUUCUCAAGAAGACCCCCAAGGCCACCGGCGACGACACAGAGGAGAAAGAUGGCACAAAGGAAAUCACCGCCAGCGAUGACCGUCUGUCUGAGGGGAAUUCUGCCAGGGAGAAACACAUCUUUGGCGGUAUCUUUAAGAAGCCCCAGAAGCCAACGCAAGAGGACAGCUCAGAUAAAGCGGGGUCCAACCAGCAUGAAGAAGAAAAAUCCUCUAGCUGUGAAAAUCUCUCUGAGACCACUAAUCAAAAGGAGAAGAAAGGAGGUCUUUCCGGUUUGUUCAAAAGGUCUGCCAGCAUCGACAACCUGAAUGACAAUGAAGAGAAAAGUAUUUUCAGUGGCAUUUUUAAGAAGCCAGCAAAAGCCUUGGAAGGGUCUACAGCUGACGAGGAUAUUGAAGGAAGAUUAUCCAUCAGCGGUGAUGAACUUUCAGAAACAGCCACGGAGAAAACGGGCGGGAUCUCUGGCAUGUUCAAACGCUCCCCCAAACCAGCUCCACGUUCCCUGGUCGCCAAGGACCCGCUCCAAGACACAAAUGAACUUGGCGAGAGUGACGAUGAAAGUCUGGCAGUGAAGGAUACGAAGACUUUACUGUCCGCCAGCAAUGACAGUCUGAACGAGGUUUCCACCACAAAAGAGAGGAUGAGAGCUUUUGGUGGGAUGUUCAAGAAGGCCCCAAAAGCAGUUGAACAACAGGACGAUGACGAGCCCAGACCACUAGGGGGCGGUAGAGGGCUUAAACGCAGAAAGACCAUCACCAGGAAGAAACGGGUCGUGUCAUUCAGAGUCAAACGGACUCUUCCAAGAACUGCAAAGAGCUCCGACCUGCUCCCUCUGAUGGAAGAGGAGAGUGUGGAGAUGAGGGAGAUGACCCCCUUCCAGGAGGACUCAGUAGAGAUCCAGAAUGUGGAGAUGGCAGCCUACCCCACUGAGGAAAACAACCGCGAUGCUGAGGAGAGCGAUGAGCUGAUGGAGUGGUGGAACGGGGUCGUAGGUUGGGCAGAAUGGAACGAGACAUCAAACUUUCAGGAGGAAGAUGAGGAACGGGCUGUGGAGCAGGCGGCCGACCGUCUGUUCAUGGCCGCCCGGCUCUUCGUGCGUAUCUUCAACCAGCGCGGGGCGUCGCUGCAGCAGCGCAUCCUGGAGCUGCUGGCCCAGGCGGACGCCGCCGACCAGUUCCACAAGCGCACCGUGUCGGCGGCGGUGGGCGGGGGCGUGGCCAGCGUGGCGGGCAGCGUGGCCACCAUCACCGGGCUCAUCCUGGCGCCGUUCACCUUCGGCGCGUCCAUCAUCGUGACGGCGGUGGGCAUCAGCGUGGCCACGGCCGGCAGCAUCGCCUCGGCGACGGCCAACAUCACGGACGCCGUGCACUCCAACAUGGACCGCAAGAAGGUGGAGAAGAUGAUCCAGGGAUACCAGGACGAGAUGGAGGACAUCAGCGAGUGCCUGGCCUUUGUGCAGGAAGGCAUGGUGACCCUGCAGGAGUGGGACUUCGAGAAGUACUCCCAGAGCGCCGCCAAGAAGGCGCUGAACCACAACAUCAAGCACGUCAUCAAGGAGGGCGGGCGCGCGGGCAAGGCCCUGGUGAUCAAGACCAACGAGCUCAUCAGCACCGUGCAGGUGCUGGGCGCGGCCGGGGGCGCGGCCAAGGCGGCGCAGGCCAUCAGCGUCACCACGGGCGUCAUGUCGGCGCUCUUCCUGGCGCUGGACGUCUUCUUCCUGGCCAAGGACUCGCACGAGCUGCGCAAGGGCGCCAAGACCAAGUUCGCCAAGAAGAUCCGGGAGGUGUGCACGGAGCUGCAGGCGGGCCUCCUGGAGCUGAACAAGGUGAAGUCGCAGCUGCAGAAGACCAUGGACGGCAUCGAGCUGGAGGAGGUGGAGGAGAUCCUGGAGGUGGAGGAGGAGGUGGACGAGGAGGAGAGCGCCGACGAGCUGGAGUCGGACCCCGCGAAGCUGGCCCAGAUGUACGAGGAGCUGGACGUCAUGGAGGAGAAGCUGGACAAGAGGGCGCUGGAGGAGAAGGAGCAGAGGGAGAGGGCGCAGAGGGAGAAGGAGCAGAAGGAGAAGGAGGAGAAGGAGAGGGUGCGCAGGGAGAAGGAGCAGAAGGAGAAGGAGCUGAAGGAGAGGGAGGAGAAGGAGAGGGCGCAGAGGGAGAAGAAGGAGAAAGAGGAGAGGGACAGGGCGCAGCGGGAGAAGGAGCGGAAGGAGAAGGAGAAGGAGAGAAAGGAGAAGGCGGGAAUCAAAGCGAAGGAGGAGCUGGUCCCGGCAGGGCGAGGCAAGGAGGAGGAGAAGAGAGACCAGGAGGGGGAGAAGAGAGACCAGGAGGGGGAGAAGGAGAAGGUAGAGGCAGGGAGCGGAGGGGAGCAGCAGGAGAAGAACAAGAAGGAGAAGGAGGAGGUGAACGACAGCAGCAGGUCGGCGAAGGGGACCAAAGCCCAUAGCGAGCGGGAGCGGAAGAGGGAGAGCGGCGAGGCGCAGAGCGCGACCGCGCCGGGGAGUCAGAAGGAGCCGCCGGGAGGAAAGAAGGCGAAGGAGGCGGAGAACAGAGCCACGACCCAGAGGGAGCACGCCCUCGGAGGGGACACAGCGGAGAGGGCGACGGGGGACCACGGGAAGGGCAAGAGCGAGAAGAAGGAAAGGGACGGCAUCGGGAAAUGGCUGGGGGGCCUGAGACGAGGGGGCGGGCCGGAGGCAAAGAGCGGACCGGAGGCAAAGAGCGGACCGGAGGCAAAGAGCGGACCGGAGGCAAAGAGCGGACCGGAGGCAAAGAGCGGACCGGAGGCAAAGAGCGGACCGGAGGCAAAGAGCGGGACGGAGGCAAAGAGCGGGACGGAGGCAAAGAGCGGGACGGAGGCAAAGAGCGGGACGGAGGCAAAGAGCGGGACGGAGGCAAAGAGCGGACCGGAGGCAAAGAGCGGGACGGAGGCAAAGAGCGGGACGGAGGCAAAGAGCGGGCCGGAGGCAAAGAGCGGACCGGAAGGUGAGCGUCAGGCGGAGAGGAGUGAGGAGAAGCUCAGCGCGGCGCCGAAGGAGAGCGGGGCAGAGACGGGUGGCAGCACACGCGGGAGCAGACACAGCAGCAGCGGCAGCAGCACACAUCACAGACACAACAGCAGCAGCAGCGCACACACUGACACACGCCCUGGAACACAAAGCGGCGCCCACAGCAGACACGCGAGCAGCAGCAGCAGCACCCACGGCGGUGGUCGGAGCGAGAGGGACCGGGCCAGGGGCCCCGGACCGGAGGCCAGAGAGGGCCCCCCGCAGACCCGGGGAGACGGAAGCCAACGACGAGACGGCGGCCCGACGGCGGGGGGGGCGAGAGGGGGGGCCGGGGGGCGAGAGGGGGGAGGUGAGGAGGAGGGAGUCGGAGAGGAGCCGGGAGGAAGACGAGUCGCCGUCGCCCAGGACGACGCUGUGGCACUGUGCGCUGGA